CUCCGCCUCUGUUUUGUGGCGCCUCCUGAAGGUCCUGGCAGCUAGGUAGUGAAGCGGUCAAUUGAAGCGGCUGGGAUGGAAGCGUACGGCGCUUACCGGGGGAUGUGCACUGUAAUUCAUGUGUGAUUUAAAGCUGGCCUCCAUCUCUCCGCCCUGGGAAGACAUCCGUCCAGGGAGGGGAGUUGGCACUCCAGCAUGGCUGAGGAGAAGAAGCUAAAACUCAGCAAUACUGUGCUGCCCUCGGAGUCGAUGAAGGUGGUGGCUGAAUCAAUGGGCAUAGCUCAAAUUCAGGAGGAGACCUGCCAGCUGCUGACAGAUGAGGUCAGCUACCGCAUCAAGGAGAUCGCACAGGAUGCUCUGAAGUUUAUGCACAUGGGGAAACGGCAGAAGCUUACCACCAGUGACAUCGACUACGCACUGAAGCUAAAGAAUGUCGAGCCCCUCUAUGGCUUCCAUGCUCAGGAGUUCAUCCCCUUUCGUUUUGCUUCUGGUGGGGGCCGGGAGCUCUACUUCUAUGAAGAAAAGGAAGUGGACCUGAGCGAUAUCAUCAAUACUCCUCUGCCUCGGGUGCCCCUGGAUGUCUGCCUUAAAGCCCAUUGGCUGAGCAUCGAAGGCUGCCAGCCAGCCAUACCAGAGAAUCCACCGCCAGCCCCCAAAGAGCAGCAGAAGGCUGAGGCCACAGAACCCCUGAAGUCAGCAAAGCCAGGCCAGGAGGAAGACGGACCCCUGAAAGGCAAAGGUCAAGGGGCCACCCCAGCAGAUGGCAAAGGGAAAGAAAAGAAAGCGCCGCCCUUGCUGGAGGGGGCCCCUCUCCGCCUGAAGCCCCGCAGCAUCCACGAGCUGUCUGUGGAGCAGCAGCUGUACUACAAGGAGAUCACCGAAGCCUGCGUGGGGUCCUGCGAGGCCAAGAGAGCGGAAGCUCUGCAGAGCAUUGCCACGGACCCAGGGCUUUAUCAGAUGCUGCCACGGUUCAGCACCUUCAUCUCAGAGGGGGUCCGUGUGAAUGUGGUUCAGAACAACCUGGCCCUGCUUAUCUACCUGAUGCGCAUGGUGAAGGCCCUGAUGGACAACCCAACGCUGUAUCUGGAAAAAUAUGUGCACGAGCUGAUUCCGGCUGUGAUGACCUGCAUCGUGAGCAGACAGCUGUGCCUGCGGCCUGAUGUGGACAAUCACUGGGCCCUCCGGGACUUUGCCGCCCGCCUGGUGGCCCAGAUCUGCAAGCAUUUCAGCACAACCACCAACAACAUCCAGUCCCGGAUCACCAAGACCUUCACCAAGAGCUGGGUGGACGAGAAGACUCCGUGGACAACUCGUUAUGGCUCUAUCGCAGGCCUGGCAGAGCUGGGCCAUGAUGUGAUUAAGACUCUGAUUCUGCCAAGGCUACAACAGGAAGGGGAGCGGAUUCGUAGCGUCCUGGAUGGACCUGUGCUGAGCAACAUUGACCGCAUUGGCGCAGACCAUGUUCAGAGCCUUCUCCUGAAACACUGUGCCCCCGUGCUGGCGAAGCUGCGCCCGCCACCUGACAAUCAGGAUGCCUAUCGAGCAGAAUUUGGGUCCCUUGGACCUCUCCUCUGCUCCCAUGUGGUCAAGGCCCGGGCCCAGGCUGCUCUGCAGGCCCAGCAAGUCAACAGGACCACACUCACCAUCACGCAGCCCCGGCCCACGCUGACCCUCUCACAGGCCCCUCAGCCAGGCCCUAGGACUCCUGGCUUACUGAAAGUCCCUGGCUCCAUCACACUGCCUGUCCAGACACUUAUGUCUGCCAGAGCUGCAGCCCCACCUCAGCCUUCUCCUCCUCCAACCAAGUUUAUCGUAAUGUCGUCCUCCUCUAGUGCCUCUUCCACCCAGCAGGUCCUGUCCCUCAGCACCUCAGCCCCUGGCUCAGGCUCCACCACUACCUCUCCCGUCACCACCACGGUCCCCAGUGUGCAGCCCAUCGUUAAACUGGUUUCUACUGCCACCACGGCACCCCCUAGCACGGCCCCUGCUGGCCCUGGCAGUGUUCAGAAGUACAUUGUGGUCUCACUUCCACCAACAGGAGAGGGCAAAGGAGGUCCCCCUUCUCAUCCUUCUCCAGUCCCUCCCCCAUCCACUUCUCCUUCCCCACUUGGGGGCAGUGCCCUCUGUGGGGGGAAGCAGGAGGCUGGGGACAGCCCACCUCCAGCGCCAGGGACUCCAAAGGCUAAUGGCUCCCAGCCCACUGGAUCUGGCUCCCCUCAGCCUGCUCCAUGAUAACGUCACUUCUGUUGACCUCUUCCUCCUGUGGAUUCCUAUAUAGACAGGCUUGUGGCAGAGGAAGGAGUAGCAGGCUGCCUCCCCCAUGUGACUUUCUUUUUAGAUACUGUACAGUGAAUUCCUCAGAAUAAAAGUUGGGUUUGUA